AUGGCCUCUGCAGGAAAUGUGAAUUGUCUUGCUGUUAAUCGUCAAAGUAUUCGCAACAAAAGUCCUAGUACAGUCGAUGCAUACUAUGGAAAAAGUUUUUUUGAUGAUGAAAAUUAUCAAUCGAUUCUCGAAUGUCUUGAUGGUGGUAAAAGAUGGACUUCUAAAGUACAACAACAACCUUUAAUUUCAUCGUAUAAUAAAACUAAAGAUGUACAAUUAAAUAUAAUUCGUACACCUGAACGUUAUGCUGAACUUAUAGAAGCUCGUUUUGAGAAGAUUCGAGACAUUAUUACUACAUAUACUAGAGAAAUGCAAAGAAUAUAUCCACGCACACGUUUACGUUUUACUCGUAAGCAUUAUAAAACAGAUGAAAUGAGAAGUUUAUUUCAAAGUGCAUAUUCAUCAUUAUUCUAUACAUUGAAUAAACUUGAACAACUACGUGAACAAAAAGAACUAGCCGAAAAUGCUCUAUGUCUUGCUGGUUAUCAAUGUGAAAACAAAAUUGAAAAUGCAGAGGAUAAUUAUAUGAAACAAGAAAAACAAUUAAAAGUCAUUAAAGAACAAAUCGUACAAACCAAAGACGAAUGCAAUCAAGAAAAAAUAUUGUAUCGCAAAAAGGCAACACAGAUUUAUGAAGAAUGUCGAGCAUUGGAAAAAGAGCGAUUGGAUUUAAUUGGAAACACUUUAAUCAAAUUCAUUAAAGAAGCAUUUUCAUUUGAAAAUGUAACUCAACAACGUCAAAUCUAUGAAGAUCUCAGUUCAAUGCUGCAAAUUCAACAAAAUUCAUCUCAAGAUCUUGAUUUUUGGGCACAAGCUUAUGAUCUUUUGUAA